CAAAGGCAUCACAUGUGAGCACAGCACACCGAGCACAUGGCAGAUCAUGAAUGUCAAGCGUGAAUUUUAAGCGUUUUGAUCAAUAAUAAUUUUGUCGUAUUUUCUUUAAUCCGUGAAAGAAUCCAGCUCUUCAAAGAUGCCGAAAUCGAAGAGGGAUAAGAAAAUUUCUCUGACUAAAACCAAUAAAAAAGGCUUAGUCUUGAAGCAGCGGAUUAUGGAAGAUGUUAAGAGAUGUGUAGAAGAAUACAAUCGCGUGUUCCUAAUCUCUGUUCAAAACACACGCAACACUAAACUGCUUGAUUUACGCGAGGAAUGGAAAGACAGUAAACUCUUCUUCGGAAAGCUCCGAAUAAUCGCACUGGGCCUGGGGAAAUCGAAGGAAACCGAGAUUGCAGAAGGCAUACAUAAAUUAGCUGACGCAAUAAAGAAUCACUCGAUGAGUGGCCAGUGUGGUCUGUUAUUCACCAAUAGACCGAAGAAACAGGUAAUAGAAUGGGCACAAGAAUAUGAAGAAAUGGAGUACGCCCGUUCUGGAUUCGCAACACCCGAGACGGUGGAAUUACCCGAGGGACCUCUGCCACAGUUCCAACAUAGCAUGGAGCCGCAGUUGAGGCAGUUGGGUAUGCCUACGUCGCUGAAAAAGGGAGUCAUCACUUUGAUCAAACCGUUCAAGGUUUGUCAGAAGGGCGACGCACUCACACCGGAGCAGGCACAAAUCUUGAAAUUAUUGGGUAAACCACUAGCGGUUUUUAAGCUGCUACUUCUGGGAGUGUACACGAAAAAACAUGGUUUUAAGAAACUGACGGUACCAGAUGACACAAAAGAGAAUGAUGAAGAAGAAAUGGAUGUGGAAAACAAUGAUGAUACAUGAGAAAUUUAUGUGUAGUUUAAAAAAAAUAUGUAUAUACUAACUUUAUACGAUACAUAAAUAUAUUUUCUUAUUUGUAA